AUCAUCAUUUGAUAAAAAUUUAAGCUGUUUCUACUUUCUGGCAGCUAUGAACAUCUCUAUAAUUCAUCCAGAUGAUGCCCAUCUAGGAGUUUCUUGUUCCUAGUGUCUUCUGAAGAUUGAUGUCUAUUACCUUGAGCUCUUUAAUUUUGUGCCCAAUUUGGAUAAGCAUGGCACAAAUCCAGCAGGGAGGUCCAGAUGAAAAAGAAAAGACUACAGCACUGAAAGAUUUAUUAUCUAGGAUAGAUUUGGAUGAACUCAUGAAAAAGGAUGAACCACCUCUUGAUUUUCCUGAUACCCUGGAAGGAUUUGAAUAUGCUUUUAAUGAAAAGGGACAGUUAAGACACAUAAAAACUGGGGAACCAUUCGUUUUUAACUACCGGGAAGACUUGCACAGAUGGAACCAGAAAAGAUACGAAGCUCUAGGAGAGAUCAUCACGAAGUAUGUAUACGAGCUCCUGGAAAAGGACUGUAAUUUGAAAAAAAUUUCUAUUCCAGUAGAUGCCACUGAGAGUGAACCAAAGAGUUUUAUCUUUAUGAGUGAGGAUGCUUUGACAAAUCCACAGAAACUGAUGGUUUUAAUUCAUGGUAGUGGUGUUGUCAGGGCAGGUCAGUGGGCUAGAAGGCUUAUUAUAAAUGAAGAUCUGGACAGUGGCACACAGAUACCAUUUAUUAAGAGAGCUAUGGAUGAAGGAUAUGGAGUAAUAGUUCUGAAUCCCAAUGAAAACUACAUUGAAGUAGAAAAGCCGAAGAUACACGUACAGUCAUCUUCUGAUAGUUCAGAUGAACCAGCAGAAAAACGGGAAAGAAAAGAUAAAGUCUCUAAAGAAACAAAGAAGCGACGUGAUUUCUAUGAGAAGUAUCGUAACCCUCAAAGAGAAAGAGAAAUGAUGCAGUUGUAUAUCAGAGAAAAUGGUUCUCCUGAAGAACAUGCAAUCUAUGUGUGGGACCAUUUCAUAGCCCAAUCUGCAGCUGAGAAUGUAUUUUUUGUUGCUCAUAGCUAUGGAGGACUUGCUUUUGUUGAACUGAUGAUUCAACGAGAAGCAGAUGUAAAAAAUAAGGUAACUGCUGUGGCGUUGACAGACUCUGUUCACAAUGUGUGGCAUCAAGAAGCUGGCAAAACGAUCCGAGAAUGGAUGAGAGAGAACUGUUGUAAUUGGGUCUCCAGCUCAGAACCAUUAGAUACAUCAGUGGAGUCCAUGCUGCCCGACUGUCCCCGAGUCUCAGCAGGCACUGACCGUCACGAGCUCACUUCCUGGAAGAGCUUCCCGUCUAUUUUCAAAUUCUUCGCCGAAGCCUCUGAGGCCAAGACCAGUUCCCUUAAACCGGCUCUGACGCGGCGCUCGCACAGAAUCAAGCACGAGGAGCUACCAGAAGAAAAACUUUGCAUAAAAAAUCUGUGAAGUACCGAAUGCACAUUACCGCUGAAAAUCCUUGCCAGUUUAAUACGACAUUUUUAACACAAGUCUCUAUUUUCAUGAGAGAUUAUUUAAACCAAAACAUAAUGACGAACAAAUCUUUUAAGCAUACGUGUGAAGGCCCCCUUUUCAAUGGAAUUUCCAACUUUAUCAUUAGAAUUGACUUUACUUUUUAAAUAUAUAAUCUAUAUUGAGUGGCAUUGUAAUGUAGAUAGCACACUUAAGUUUUGCUUUUUAAAUCUUAAUGUGGAGAAAGUUUGUUUUUGUCGUUAAUCCUAACUAGAAUGAUCUGUUGGAAUCUUUUAUAGAGUUAGACCCUUUUACGGAUAGAAUUUUUAAUCAUCAUCAGAAAAAUGAACCUGUGUAGUCUGGAGUCUUUCCUUCUGAAAGGCUAAGUGUACUUAAAAUGAUUCUUUCAGUUUUCUGCUCCAACAGAAAGGGAACAACCUGAUGUGAAAGAUUUCUCCUCUCAAUCCAAUGAGACGAUUUUUAGCAGUCCACUUCCUCUGUAGGGUUUUGCCCUACGGUUUCAACUAUUGAGUAUUUUAAUCCAGCUUAAGAUCUGGCCAACACUGUGAAAUAUAAAAGGUAAAAUAAGUUAAAAUUUUUGCUGGCUUUUACAUUCAAACAUUAUACAUCAUUUUUAAUUACUUGAAGAAUUUAAUUACCUAGUGAGGAUUCUGUUUCUAAUAGAUGAGGAUCUAAAUUUAAUAAUCAUACUUUUUUAAAGUAUAUGCAACAAUAUGCCUGCCUUAUUUGAGGACAUAAAAUGUACCCAAAAUGACUUAGAACUGUCUGACUCCUCAGAACAAAAUAACCACCUCAUGGAUAAAAUGUUUUUAUAUUAUGAACCAAUUUCAGCAAGUUUUAAAACUGAUAAUAUGUUUGUUUGGUAUACAAGUAUAUUAAUUAGUUCCUAUAGUUUUAAUUAUGGCAAAUUAAAGUGAUCUUUUUUUCAAUGGCCAUAUAUGCAUAUACUUUCCAUGUCAUUUUAGCAGAAACAAUAUAGGAAAAAUCAAAACUUCAUAUUACCCAGCUUCUGGAUAGCUUAAAAUGUGUAACCCCAACAAUGUCAAGCCCAUUGGUCUGCAAUCUUUUCUGUUUUAGAAGUAAUGGUGAUCUGUAUAAAAUAAAGGUAACUUCCAUUGAGAGGAUUUGAAAGUUGAUGUAGAUUGAAUAUAUUUUUCAAAGUGUUACAAAUUUUGUUGUGUUUUCAGAAUAUGAAAACGUUCACAGGAAACUAAUUUUGUUGCUUUUUUUUUUUUAAUCAGCACUUGUGGAAUGCUGAAUUUGUGACGCUUCUGCAGCUGAAUUAGAGCAAAGUAAAUAUGCUCAGCUUAUAAACCAAAUCACUCCUUUCUUAGACUUUCUCACCUCUCUUUUUAAAAACCUUUACUUUUAACUAGUAAAUCAGUGUUAAAUUGCCUUUAAUAGUUUAAGCUACUGGGUUGUUAGGCCUUAUUUAACUAUCUAUAGAGCUAUUUGCAAACUUAAGUUGUGUAAAUGUAAUUUCUACUUGUGGAUCUGAACAGUAGCCACCCGGAGAGAAUUAGGCAAACCGUCCCAGACCUCCAGCUGAUGACUGAUAAGAUUUUUUGUAAUGUAGGACUUUCUAACCUGUUGAUUAUGGGUCUGUUGGGAUAAAGGUAAUAAUAUCCUUCACCUCAAUUUUCCUGGAGUGACAAUGAUCAGUUGGUAGUAGCCUUCCUGCUUCAGGGCGACAGGUGUUAAUGUUUUGGCCCUGAUCUUCUCCCCAUUUUGGCUUCUUUAGACUGGUUUUUAGGACAGUAGAGGUUUAAAGUUAGGAUGUGGGGUUCUUUUUAAUAAUACACUCAGUUCUUAGAGCAACUGGAAUGGGGAGCAAAGAGUUGUUGAUAAAUCUAAGAUUCAGAAUCAUCCUGUUAAAACAUAAAAGCCAGAUGUAAGCUUCUAAAGGUACCUAACCAGGCAGCCAUUAAGUUUUUGUGAUAUUUGAAGGGGGAAGAGAAAAUCUACAUGUAAUAAUUGAUCUUUUCUCAAGUUUCUGCCUUGUACUUCAACCUGGAUUACAUUAUUGUGUAUACCAAAAAAUUAAAAAGUGAAACGCAGGAGUUUCCUGUAUAUUAUAUAUUUCUGUUUACCAUUUUAAAAUAAAAACAAU